UUCAUAGCUGGAGAUUCUCCUGUGUCAGGAUAAACUGGGCAUGAAGACCAACUUGUGAACAUACUGAAAGGAGAAUAGGGAGUUCCUGUCACAGCUCAGGGAGAAAUAUGGCCCGGUCUUCACCGUGUACAUGGGUCCCCGGCCAGUAGUUGUUUUGUGUGGACAUGAAGCAGUGAAGGAGGCUCUGAUAGACCGAGCAGAUGAGUUCAGCGGCCGUGGAGAAUUGGCUUCAGUAGAGCGGAACUUCCAAGGUCACGGUGUAGCCCUGGCUAAUGGAGACCGAUGGAGGAUACUGCGACGCUUCUCCCUGACCAUUCUUCGUGACUUUGGGAUGGGAAAGAGAAGCAUUGAGGAGCGAAUCCAGGAGGAGGCUGGCUUCUUACUACAGGAAUUACGCAAGACCAAGGGUGCCCCCAUCGAACCUACUUUCUUCCUGAGCCGCACCGUCUCCAAUGUCAUCAGUUCUGUCGUCUUUGGAAGCCGCUUCGACUAUGAGGACAAGCAAUUCCUGAAGCUGCUGCAGAUGAUCAACCAGAGUUUCAUCGAGAUGAGCACGCCCUGGGCCCAGCUAUAUGACAUGUACUCUGGAAUCAUGCAAUAUUUGCCAGGAAGACACAAUCGCAUCUACUACUUGAUAGAGGAGCUCAAGGACUUCAUUGCCUCCAGGGUGAAGAUCAACGAAGCAUCUCUGGACCCUCAAAACCCUCGGGACUUCAUCGACUGUUUCCUCAUCAAGAUGCACCAGGAUAAAGAUAAUCCCCACACGGAAUUCAACCUCAAGAAUUUGGUCCUCACCACUCUCAACCUCUUUUUUGCUGGCACGGAGACUGUGAGCUCCACCCUGCGCUACGGGCUGCUGCUAAUGAUGAAACACCCUGAGGUGGAAGCCAAGAUCCACGAAGAGAUUGACCAGGUGAUUGGACCGCAUCGAAUCCCACGUGUAGAUGACCGGGUCAAGAUGCCCUACACAGAUGCCGUGAUCCAUGAGAUACAGAGACUGACAGAUAUCGUGCCCAUGGGUGUCCCCCAUAACGUCAUCCGGGACACUCAUUUCCGAGGCUACCUUCUGCCCAAGGGCACCGACGUGUUUCCUCUGCUUGGCUCCGUCCUCAAAGACCCCAAAUAUUUCCGAUACCCAGAUGCCUUCUACCCCCAGCAUUUCCUGGAUGCAGGCCGCUUCAAGAAGAAUGAAGCCUUUGUGCCUUUUUCCUCUGGAAAGCGCAUCUGCCUGGGCGAGGCCAUGGCCCGAAUGGAACUCUUUCUCUACUUCACCUCCAUCCUUCAGAACUUCACCCUCCGCUCGCUGGUGCCACCUGCCCACAUCGAUAUCACGCCCCAAGUCUCAGGCUUUGGCAACAUACCCCCGACCUAUGAGCUCUGCCUCAUAGCCCGCUGAGCGCCCCCUGCUGGACGCGGAAGGAACCGACGGAGGACAGAGCUCCUCCCACUCUCCACCUCCCCUUCCACCGCACCCCAUGCCCCCCACCUCAUCCCCCCGCCCCCAGCACCCCCCUCCUGUGCACAGGGACACCCGCCCUCGUCAUCCCCCUAAAUCCUCAAGACAGCCCCAAGAGAAGGCACUAUUACACUGUCAUGAGACACAGGUCCACAGGGAUCACCCCAGAAUUUGGAGCUGUAUAUCUUCCACAUCCAAUAAAAAAGUAACGUCCUGUUCAAGACUUUGGCAAAACUUGCAGAUUUUAAGUUCAUUUUGUUCACAUCUGGCUAGGUUUCUGUCUGCUCCAGAUUCUUGUAGCUGACCUCGUGUCUUUAUGUUGUUCCUUUGACUUUUCCCUGAUUAUGACCAAAAUGUGAGACACAAUCCUUUCUCUUUCAUUCUCAUAGUCACCGCUCUCAAAUAAGGCAACAGAGAACUGGAGCCUGUUGGCCACAGCAAGUGUGUGUAUUGUGUGUGACAUCGGUAGGUACCCUGCAACAAUUUCAAAUGGCUUUUUUGACUUGUUACUAACUGUCCUUUCUUGCAGCUCAUCGCCACAGAUUUCCCACUGGUUGGGCCACCAUCUUGCUGGUUCACUACCUGGAUGUCCCCAUCAUCUGAGUUUCUAAACCUGGUUUCCUGGUUGUUCUUAUCAGAAUUUCCAAUUCCGAAUACUCCCCGAUUCAUGGUGAAGAAGACUUUAAUUGCCCACAGCUCUAUUAUUCCAUUUCGAAACUCCAUUGACUUGCCCAGCUGAUAAAGGCCCUCCCUCCUAUUUCAUGGUUUUCAACUAAUGUUCAUCAAAUACCCAACAUGUGCCAGCACCUUCUUCAGGUACUUGGGCUCUAUCAGUGAGCAAAACAGACAAAACUCCUGCCCUCAUG